AUGAAGUUCCUCACGUCGAUUUUGGGAUCGGAAAAAGACCGUGCAGCGAAGAAGCGUCGAAGUCUCGAAGUGAAUCUUCAUCGCCUUGAAGAGAAGGCGUUUCUUCUGGAGAUGGAACUCGAGGAGACACGUCGACAGAAAGAGAAAGUGAUGAAAGAGUUGCGAAACGGUGUUCCCGUCCGCCACGUGUCAACUGUCAGCUUCUCGUCAUCAACGGAUUUCUCAUUCAAUACUACUGAUUCUUCUAAUAAUGUCACCGAUCGCUACGUGGGACUGCCGAUCGAUACGAGCACGCCGAAAGAGAUUCCAGAACUGCAAAAAUCACCAGCCGACUCGAAAUCCAUUCAAUUUGACGAGGAAGAGGAGGAACGUGCAAAAUGGUUCCGUGAUCAUCGUCAUCUUCAGAAUCUCGAAAAUGCAAUGAAUUCCGAUGCAGGAGCGUCGACGUCUUCUGAGAAAUUCAUCGAAAAAUACUAA